AUGAAGAAGCAUCGGAACAGAGCUCAUGCCGUGCGUCAGCAUGAGAACACUGGCCACUGGCAGGGCAGUGAGAGCAUCAUGGAGACUUCGAUUGACCGCGAGGCAAGUCUGGCCUGCUCAAUCCGCCUUAUGCUCUUCUGGCAAGUACAGACAUCAAUCCACCGCGUUACAUUGAAUGGACAGGUAUAUCCAAUAGAUGACUGGACGAAUGUACCGCCAUCAAUCAUCGCAUUCCUACCGCGCAAGCUCCACCAGCAACCGUCGCAUCCUAUCUCAAUCACGCGCGAAGUAAUUGAGACUGGCUUCCCACAACCCACCUAUACCCACUACAAUAAUCUGGACCCUGUCGUUACAGUCUAUGAGAACUUCGACUCCCUCGGCUUUCCUCCUAAUCACCCAGGCAGGAACCGAAGUGACACCUAUUACGUGAAUCGAGAUACGGUCUUGAGGACGCACUCUAGUGCGCAUGAAGCCGAGCUUUUUAGAAAUAACAAAAGUGGUGGAUACACAAUCAGCGCUGAUGUCUAUAGACGUGAUGCAAUUGAUCGAAGCCACUACCCAGUCUUCCACCAAAUGGAAGGGGCGCGAAUAUGGGACCGACAAAAUGUUCCGAAGGGUGACGUCGCGAAAGCGGUUUGGGAUGAUUUUAAUCUUCUUAAAAGCCAUGAUUUAGAGAUCUCAGAUGGUAACCCUACCACGCAUCCAGAGCGAAAUCCCCUCCAGGCAGAACAUCAUAGCGUAGAAGAGGUUGAAGCUCUUGCUGCGCACUUGAAACGCUCUCUUGAGCUGAUGGUUGUUGAGCUCUUCACUCGUGCGCAGCAAGCUACACAAUGGGGCGGCAAAGAGAAAGACUUCGUUCAGCAAGCAGAACCUCUCAAAAUCCGCUGGGUGGAAGCCUACUUUCCCUUUACUUCCCCAAGUUGGGAGCUCGAGGUCUUUUGGCAGGGAGACUGGUUAGAGCUCCUUGGGUGCGGUAUUACUAAACAGGAACUCCAGAUCAACGCUGGUGUACCUAACCAGCUCGGAUGGGCUUUCGGCGUGGGUCUAGAGCGCGUCGCUAUGCUUCUUUUCUCCAUUCCAGACAUUCGGCUCUUUUGGUCGAAAGAUUCGAGGUUUCUGAGCCAAUUCUCCACUAUGAAAGAUAUUAAGACAUUUGUGCCUUUUUCUAAGUAUCCUGCUUGCUAUAAAGAUGUCUCUUUCUGGCUACGAGGCUCUAGCAGUGCAGCAGGUGGAGGGUUGAAGGGUAACAAGGAAGACUUCCAUGAGAAUGAUGUAAUGGAAAUCGUCAGAGAUAUUGGGGGAGACUUGGUGGAAGAUGUGAAGUUGAUUGACCAAUUCACUCACCCAAUCUCUAGUCGCAAGAGUUUGUGCUACAGGAUGAAUUAUCGCAGUUUGGAAAGGACGUUGAAGAAUGAGGAAGCUGAUAAGUUGCACAAACGAAUUAGUGACCAGCUGGUAGCGAAUCUGGGGGUAGAACUCAGGUAA